AUGCCACGUCUCUCUCCCAAUCACCUCCUGCACGCGCACCGCCUCCACGCGCACCUCCCCGCGCUGCUGCGCGCGUGCCGCGACCUCCCUUCCGCGCAGAACGAGCUGCGCUGGCUGCGCGAACAUGCCGGCGCGGACAGCGAGCGAUUGCGCGCGCUGGUGAGACGCCGUGCUAAGGGCGUGCCGCUGCAGUAUGUGCUGGGCAGCGAGUUCUUUGGCGACUUGGAGAUUGUGUGUAAGCCGGGUGUGCUGAUUCCGCGACAAGACACUGCAGCCGCGAUUACACACCUCGCCUCUCUACUUCUACAAUACUCCAAACGCCUCCCGCCCAACCUCCGCGUCCUCGACCUCUGCACCGGCACCGGCUGCAUCCCCCUCCUAGCAGAGCACCUCCUCCACCCCGCCGUGCCUGACCCGCACUUCCUCGGCGUCGACGUCUCCCUCCGCUGCCUCCAGCUAGCCCAGCUCAAUGCCUCCCGCUGCCGCGCCCAACGCACGCGCUUCUUACGCGCAGACGUGCUAGCCAGCAACGACGCCAGCAACGCCGGUCCCAUCGAGCCGCUCCUCCCGCUCCUCCACCGCGCAGGCACCCCGACCUGGGACGUCCUCAUCUCCAACCCGCCGUACAUCUCGCCCCGGCACUUUGUGCGCACGACAGCGCGCUCGGUGCGGAACUGGGAGCCGAAGCUGGCGCUUGUGCCGCGCUCUGCGACGGGGAGUGCAGGCGAGGACGCAGACACUGCCGUAGCCAAUGACGACGCCGUCGCUGAUACGUUUUACCCCGCCCUGCUGCGCGCUGCAGACGGCGUCGGCGCAAAGGUCGCGCUGUUCGAGGUCGCGGACCUGGAGCAGGGGAUGCGGGUGGCGGGGAUGGUGAAGAGAGGAGGCGGCUGGGACGGCGUUGAGGUUUGGCGGGAUGAGCCGGGGGUGGGGAAUAUGCAGGGGAGUGGGCAUGAGCAGGGGGUUUGGCGCGUGGAGGGGGGCGGGACAGAAGGGGAAGAGGCAAAGGAGGUGGAAGAGGAGGCGGAAGGAGCGAGAGUGCGCGGGAGGGGCGAGGGCCGGAGCGUCGUCUGCUGGCGCGGGGAGGGAGGGCGGUGGCUUGGACAAGGAUAA